AUGCGCGCCGGCUUCUUCGGCGCGCCGCCGCCGAACCGGCGCGAUCCUCCUCCGCGCGAACCCACGCCCGCGCGGACGGACCACACCCUCGGCGCCGCCUCCCUCGACGCGCUCGUGCGCUCGGAGUGGCCGCACGGGCACCUCUACGUCCCGAGCUCAGGUGCGUUCUAUACACUGGUCCCCAUACGACCGCGUCGGCGUGGUGAACGCCGAUCCUUAAGGACUUUUGCCGUCGUCUCUCUCCGCCCACCCCUCCCUUUCAAUCCCCGCCCCUAUGGCGCCUUUCAACUCCACCUGACGCCUAUGAACUCCACCCCGACAUCGCUUUGUAUGGAACGACCCUCAGACGGCCACGACGACAACCUCAUCGUGCUCCUACACGGCCGCGGCGACUCCGAGCGGCCGUUCGCGUCGCUCGCGCGCGCCAUGAAGCUCCCGUGCACCGCCGCGCUCGCGCUGCGCGGGCCGCGGGAGGUGCCGUUCACGGACGGCGGCAGGGAGUGGUUCGCGCGAACGGACGACGCGACGUACGAGGAGAUUAACCCGCUCGAGGUUGUCGUCGACGCCGUCACGGGUGAGGAAACGCCGACGCUGCGACGCGUCGAGUCGUUGGACGCCGUCGUCCAUCGCGUCGCGUCGCUGAUCGACGCGUUGGCGCCGGUUAUGAGUAGUAGUAACUCCGGCGGCGCGACGCAGGUGGGCGGCGCGUUCGGACGACGGUGGCGACCCGACCGCGUGCACCUCUUUGGAUUCUCCGACGGCGGCGUCGUCGCGCUCGAGACGGCGCUGCGACGCGUCGGCGACCGGAGGCUCGGCGGGUGCGCGGUCGUGUGCGCGGCGCUGCUUCCCGAGGUGCUCUCGGGGAAACGCGCGCGCGGGGACGAGGAGGCGUGCCUGGAGCGGUUCCCGAGGGACGCGCGCGCGCCGACGCCGUUGACGCUCACGGCGGGCGAGUUGGACGACGUGACGACGGCGGCGGCGGUGACGGCGACGGCGGCGUUCGCGCGCGCGAGGAACCCCGGGUGCGUCGCGGACGUGCACGUCGUCCCGGGGAAAGGCCACGGGAUGAUGAAGGACGCGUGGGAGACGCGGAAGUUGAUGGCGUUCUGGGGAAUGACGCUCGCGAUCCGACCGAGAGGCGCGAUGGGACGGGACGUCAUCGAGGUUGGCGGCGACGGCGGACGCGGCGACCGCGUCGUCUCGGUGACGCGCGAGAGGUUCCCGGGGGACGACGACACGGAGGUCACGACGAGCUUGGGCGAGUGUUAUCCUUACCAGGUCGUUCGAACCGCGAUGGACGAGAAACUCCCGGCGUGGGACGUGGACUGACGAGCGACGUCGCGUACGUAGCGUAGUCGUAGCGGAAGGUAGCUCUUUGUAGGAAGCGUUGGGUACGGU